ACGCACGUGCAGGCACUUAGCAGAGACACAUUGCUAUGCUAGCUUAUCCUACGACAGCGGCGGGCGUUGCCUACAAGCCGACGAUAAAGAGCAAAGAGAACCAGAUGAUGAGGUCCUGGCUCGCACCACUGAUGAUGCAGGAAGAAACCCUAACUCUAGCUCUCGCACCGCUGCGGGUGGCCGGGGGAGAGCCUAAGUCGCACCACACCGCUAAUCCCGAUCCAGACGCAUCGCGUCGUGCUGUACUGAUCGAGGGGCUCCUGAUCGCCGCGCGUCCUCGUCUCCCCAAGACGCCGCUGGAGAGCCCGGGUCACACCGUGCCACCGCUGAGGAGUCUUCGUUGGGGCGCUUCGUCGGCGACGAGCAUCCACCAAACAUGGAGCGGAAUCAGUGGAUGGUCGAUGGCUUUGCAAAGGCCGAUUACGUUGCUGAUUCUGCUACUAAUCUCGGGGAGGAGUCUUAUGAGGCUUGCAUCACUGCGGGCCAUGCCAAAAUCAUUCAUGGACAUGCGUUUUUGUCAAGAUCCUACUAAAGCGUCUCCGGGCCCUCACCCGAAAGAAGACGACGAAAUUAAAAAGAUGGCUGAAGCUAUCAUGGAUCAAGUUGUUAAUCAACUCCUGAACGAAGCUGCGUAAGUUGUACUUAGGGAAGACUAAGUGUUAUUGUAAAAACUUCUGAAAUGUAAUAUGUGUAAUAUCUUGUAACUCUAAAUGUAAUAUACUUGUUUUUUAUGGUUCAAUUCUUUACGAUGCAUGAAAUUUUACAUACGUA